AUGGCCUUGGCCGCGUUCUGCAACUCGUGCCUGUGCGAGCCCCGCGGCCUCACCGCGCACUUCCACCUCACCAGCUGCGGCCACGUUUUCUGUGAGGCUUGUUUGCAGAAAGGCAAAAAGGGUGAAUGUUUGGUCUGUCGAAGUGCUUGUAAUACCUUACUCCUUUCAAAAGAGACACCUCCUGAUAUUCAAGCACUGUUCAUGCGAGUAGAAGUGUUAUGCAAGAAAUGUUCAAAGGAAGAAUCACAGGUUGUACAAUUUCAAGAAAAAUAUCGUAGGCGUUUAGUAGCAUACCACAAAAAAAAGAUAGCAAAGCUGGAAGAGUCUGUCAAGAAAGCAGCACAAGAAAUAAGACAACUUCAAUGUAUGAAACCUCCUGAAAAAAUGACACCGCUGCCAUUUGCCAGUACAAGCAGAAAUCCAUUUUCCAUACCUUCAAGAAAACAGGAUGUUUAUUCUUCAUAUUCUCUUCAUUCGAGUCGUCCUUCCACUUCUGAAACGGUCGAGGCAAUGGAGGUUGAUCCUGUACCUUCACCAAUGAGGAGACUGGAGACACCAACUGGUCCGGCAAGGUUAUCACUAAUAACUCCACCACAGGAUGGACGUAUGGGUAGUGUAUCCUCCAGACAUUCUCAGACAGCUGUAAUAAUCCCACGUCAGAAGGCUGAAGUGGGAUCCACAAGAUCCACCCCUGUGAGCUUGCCCCGUAGUGCAUGUCCAUCAUCAUCUGAGUCCCAAAGCAGUCAAAGGGGAUCCUGGGCUAGUUCUGAUUUCAGAACCCCUCAGCUGUACCCAUUUACAUUCCCCUCCCCACAGCAGCCUCUCCCAAGGCAGCCAAUCACCAUCUCUGGACUUCUGCAAAGACAACAAGGAUCAACUAGUUCAGGAGGGCAUUCAGCAGAGAGAUGA